AGGUAAUUACAAGCGUGUGGUCUUGCUGCGCGCCGUGGCGGUACCUCAGACAGUGCCGACUGGUGCGCAAGUACUCGUGCUGUGAGAUGCGGACUCUCAACGUAAGACUGUGGCUGGUGGCUUCGCUGGUCGUCGCUUCUCACGCUCACUCUCAUGAACAUCCUCGGAAAGUCGGAGGUUUGAUAAAGGGAUUGCUUCACGCUGCUGUGGAUCCCUUGCGUCAUCUAGCUCCAGCUUCUUCUUACUCGAAUUCACAGUCGCAGAGUUCCAGCGGGAGUCUCGGUGCUAACCUCGGCAAUCUGUUUGGAUUGUCUGGCAGCUACUCUCAAGCGUCUUCCAGCAGCUCUGCAAAGGCCUCAGGGGAUGGCAGCAACAGUAUUUCUCAGUCCCAGAGUUCCGCAGGAAGUGGAUCCUACGGGGGCGGUUCUGGGAGCUACGCCGGCUCCAACUCCGGGGCUAGCUCGGGAGGAUACAGUGGAGCGGGAAGCUCAUCUCAGGCACAAAGUUCUGCCGGAGCCGGAAGUUUAGGAGGAUGUCCUGGAGGAUGUUCCCCCAACAGCGUAGGCUACGAGGGCCCUCCUGGAGGAGGUUAUUAUGGUCCACCAAAGAAACCUGAUGUUAUAGUGAUCAUAAAAGAAGUUCCUGCCAGACCUCAGUUUGGAGGCCUGGGAGAAGGAAAUUACUAUCAAAAUAGCUAUGGGGGUAGUAAAGGAAAUUCAGGAGGCUAUGGAGGAAGUGGGGGAUAUGGAGGAACGGGGACAAGUGGAGGUGUCGGACUGUCUGGGGCCUCGUCUGGAUCAAAUAGUAACGCUGCUAGUAACGCUGGAGUUGGAGGAGGAUACCUGAGUGGGGGAAACUCGGGGGCGUCAGCUGGGUCAGCUUCACAAUCAAAUGCUGCAAGUAGUGCAAAUGCAGGAAGUGCUGGAGGCGGAGGAGGUUAUAGUGGUUACCCUAACCAAGGCAAUACGUAUGGAGGAGGAAGGUAUCCAGGAUAUGCUCCUGGAGCAGGAGCGGGAUCUGCCUCCCAAGCGGGCAGUGGAUCAAGUGCAGGUGCAGGAGGUGGAAAUUAUGGAGGUAAAGGUGGCUCAGCAUAUCCUGGGGCAAAUUCUGGUGCAGGAUCUAAUGCAGCUGCCCAAGCAGGGGGUGGGGCUGCAACAAGUGGAUAUCCUGGUGGAAAUUAUUAUGGUGGAGGAGGCGGAAGCUAUGGUAGUAAAGGCAGCUCAAGGUAUCCUGUAAGUGGAGGAAGUUACCCUGGAUCUUCUUCAGCUGCAGGUUCAGGUUCUAAUGCACAAUCAAAUAGUGGUGGUGGAGGAUACAGUAGUAGACCAAAUUAUCCUGUCGGUCCUGCAGUUCAAACAGUAGAACCUCUUCGUGGAAAUAGCGGAUCUGGGUCCUCAUCUUCAGCUAACAGUGGUUCUUCUGCAGGAGCAGGAAGUGCAGGAUAUCCAGGAUCAUACGCGCCUAGGCCUGUUUCAGGAUACCCAGGAGCAGGGGCAGGAUCUGGAGCUUCAUCUCAGGCUGGAAGUGGAGGUUAUAGUGGAGGGAACGCAGGAUCAUAUAGUCCAAGGCCAAGCACAGGGUAUUCAGGUGGAGGAUCAGGAUCCGGAGCAGCUUCCCAAGCUGGAAGCAGUGCUGGAAGUAGUUCUGGAGCUGGAGGAUAUAGUGGUGGUAAUAAAGGAACAUACAAUCCAAGGCCAAGUACAGGUUACUCUGGUGCAGGACAAGGAGCCGGUUAUGGAGGUUCUUACAGCACUAGACCCAGCUCAGGAUACUCAGGAGCUGGAGCUGGAUCAGGAUCUGGAGCUUCUUCUCAAGCUGGAAGUAGUGCUGGAAGUGGUGGAAACGGUGGAGGAAAUUCAGGAUCAUACAGCCCAAGACCAAGCACAGGUUAUUCGAGUGUAGGAUCAGGUUCCGGAGCAGCCUCUCAAGCUGGAAGUAGUGCUGGAAGUGGUGGAUAUGGUGGAGGUAAUUCAGGAUCAUACAGCCCAAGACCAAGCACAGGUUAUUCGAGUGGAGGAUCCGGAGCAGCUUCUCAAGCUGGAAGCAGUGCUGGAAGUAGUGCUGGAAGUGGUGGAUAUGGUGGAGGAAGUUCAGGAUCAUACAGCCCAAGACCAAGCACAGGUUAUUCGAGUGGAGGCUCAGGUUCCGGAGCAGCUUCUCAAGCUGGAAGUAGUGCUGGAAGUAGCGCUGGAAGUGGUGCUGGAAGUGGUGGGUAUACUGGUGGUAAUGGAGGAUCAUACAGUCCCAAGCCUAGUUCUGGUAAUUCCGGUGCCAUAUCAGGAGCUUCUUCACAGGCUGGAAGUAGUGCUGGAAGUGGAGUCAGUGGCGGAGGAUCAUAUAGUCCAAGGCCUAGUGCAGGCUAUUCCAGUGGUGGAUCUGGGGCUUUAUCUCAAGCUGGAAGUAGUGCUGGAAGUGGGGGCUACGCAGCCGCAGUUGACGAUGUAUUUGGAUCAGGAAGUAAAGGAUCAUCGUAUGGGGGAAGUGGAUCUUCGAGUAAUUCAGGAGCUUCUUCUGGUGCUGGCUCCAAAGGAGGCUCUGGAUACUCAGGAAGUUCUGCUCAAAGUGCUUCCUCAGCUGGUUCUGGAUCACACGGAGGAUCAGGAUCUUAUUCGGGAUCUCAAAGUUCAUCCAAUGCUUCUUCGGGAUCUGGUGCUUACGGAGGAGGAGGUGCUGGAAGCCACAGUUCAUCACAGAGUAGUUCUUCUUCUAAUUCAUACUCAGGAAAUAAAGCAGGUAGCUACUCUGGUAGUCAGUCCUCCGCCACAUCUUCUGCAAGCUCUGGAAGUGGCAAUCGUGCUGGCGGAGGGUCUGGAGCAUCAAGCUCCAGUCAAGCCUCCUCCUCAAGUUCUGGAGAUGACGUCCUGAUUUUUCCUGAUGACUGAUGAUGAUUCCUUUCGACUGCCUUGCUCACAUUGUAAAUUUGACUAAAUGUUAUUUAUUACAGUAAUAGUUUUCUUAAAA